AUGGAGCAGCCUGCGACGCCGAAGAUUGCUCCACAGGAGCCACCAAAGGAAAAGGAUCUUGGCAGGGACUUUUGUCGAUCUGUGCUCCAUGCGGAUUUGGAGCUGCAGGCCAAGAUUGAUGAUCAGGAAAAGCAUAAACAGCAGCUGCUUGCCAAGAUUAAGCAGUUGGAGUUUGACGCUUGGGACAAUGAAGUCAAGAAGGCCGGUGCCGAAGCAAACCAGUCAAAGUUGCAGCAGUUGCUUGAAAAUACAUUGGAACGUGUCAAUACUUUGGAAUCUGCCAUGCAGAAAAAUUGCCGCGGGCAAACGCCCACAGAACCAACGAAAGAACGUGAGACAUGUCAGCCACUGCCAAAAAACCAGUCCUCUGCUGGCACGGGCCAUGGGAAAGACGCUGAUGGCUCUGAGAGCUGUGCCAGUGAUGGUGAUGAGGAGGAGUAUCUCACAACACCCGGUGGUCAAACUGUCAAGAUUUCGGCGGAUGCCUUGAGAAUGCGGUGCAGACGCCUUUGCGAAACAAAACCCAGCGGCAAAUGUGCUGUGACGGCUGAGAUAGCCCAGCAAUUUCGUGCUGGAGGGGAGUGCCGGGAGAUAUUGGAGAUGGCCCUUCUUGAAGCCAUCGGAAAACAUGGGCUGAGCCGUUCCGUGUACAAGCGAGUGAAAGCAGAUUUCACCGUGAAGGUGAAACUCAUCAAGGAGAAGAUGGACAGUAAGGAAAGCGAGAAGUACGGCCGCUGGAUGACGGAAGAGGCCAUGCGCAAGAGUGGCCUCUGGUCUGCAGCCUCCAUCAAGGCAAUCAUCAGCUAUUGCAAAAAGUUCCCGGAGUCGCUAGUAAGGCCCUUUGAUGUACAGAAAGGAUUUGAGAUUCAAAAAAAAAGAAAGCAACACCUUAUGCAAAUCAAAAUCCAUGAGUAUAACUCAGGUAUACCUGAGUUGAUUCUCGCUUUGCAGGCCAUGGCAGUAUAA